AUGCCGGCGAUCGAGGAGACGCUGUCUCAACGGCUGAGCACUGAGCCUCAUUUGCUGGCCAAAGGAGACUCGCUCUUGAACCAGCUUGCCCGGGAUACCACCAAGUCGCUGUAUGACAAGGGUGUCCAGGAGGAAAAGGCGUCUCUGCCCUAUAUUUCAGCUUUGCUUGAUGCAUGCGUGCCUCGCGGACAACAGUCUGGUAAACGCAAGCGUGCCAAUGACGGGAUCAUCUCGCAGCAUCCUCUUUUUCCGCCGACGGAGCUGAAUGAGCUUGUGCUCGAGGGCAUGGGCAACGACCAAAUUUGGCAUCAGCUGGAGCUACGAAGUGCUAAGCUCGCUCGGGUCCUCGACCAUGUCAUUUCCAGUGGACCCGAAGAUGCGGACGAGGAGGAAAGUGAAGAAGAGAAUGAAAAGGAUGCUGACGAUCUCCCGGACGAUGACGAGGCAUGGGACGAAGAAGACGACGAAGAAGAGGAGUCUGAUGAAGGUUUUGCCGGUGCCUCUGACCUUAGUGAUGUCGAUCCCAACGAAGUGUACUACGAACCUUUGCACACAGAGGAAAUGCAGCACAUGCGAAAGGAAGAAAAGGAGAGACAAGAGAUGAUGCAGAUGUACGGCGUAUCUGAUCCAGCGCUCUACGAUGCACUCACUUCCGCGUCUUCUGACGACGACGAGGAAGAAGAGGAGGACAAAGAAAAGCCUCGGCACCCUACGUUGGAUGAUGACUUUUUUUCUAUUGAUGAAUUUAAUCGUUUGACAGAGGCGCAAGAGCGCCAGGAACAUUCCUCUCGGGCUCACUUAUCUGGCGAAGAAGAGGAAGAGGACAUGGACGGCAUUGAUCUAUUUGCACCUGUGGACGAAGACGAAGGCGAAGAUGAGAUGGAUGUGUCAGAGAUCCGCUAUGCUGACUUUUUUGAUCCCAUCAAGAAAACGCGUCCCGCCAAGUCUGUGGAUGCCUCUCCUCCUCGUACGCCGCAAGUGCGCUUCCACGAUCAGGUCCGCGUGCGGCCUAUCAAGAAGGCCAAAUCGCAGUCGUUGGCCGGCCUUUUGACGGAUGGAGACGAUGAAGAGGACGAAGACGGAGAAGAGGAAGGAGAGGACGACAACGACGAAGAAGAGGAAGAAGAGGACGACGACGAUGAAGACGAGGAAGGGGAAGAAGAGGACGACGACGAAGAAGACGAGGAAGGGGAAGAAGACGACGACGACGACGACGAGGAGGAAGAGGAUGAAGGAGAAGAGGACGAGGAAGAAGAGGCCGAUGAGGGCAUGGACGGCGAUGCUGCAGAGGCGACUGCUGGUCGUGUUGCGCAAGACUUGUUUGCUGAGGAAGAGCAAGAGGCGCCGUCGUCCAUGUCGAGAUACGAGCAGCACCAGGCCGAGUUGGCGGAAGAAAUUGCGCGAUACGAGGACGAAAACGUGCGGGAGAAAGACUGGGUACUGAUGGGUGAAGCAAGUACGCGGCAGCGACCUGUCAACAGUCUACUGGAAGAGGACCUUGAGUUUGAGCGCACAGCCAAGGCGGCGCCGGUACAAACGCACGAACAUGGCGAGGGUAUCGAGGCCAUGAUCAAGCGGCGCAUCCUCGAUCGGCACUACGACGACGUGGUGCGCCAGCGUGAGCUGGAGGCGCUGCCAUUUGCUGCGUCCAGCAUGCUGGAGCUGUCUGAUACCAAGAGUGCCAAGAGCCUGGCGGAGUUGUAUGAAGAAGAGUACCAAGCAGCUCGUGGUGAGGAGGCCGGUGACGGUGCGCCGCGCUCAGAGGCGGAUGUCAAGCUCGACAACGAUCAUGCGGCGUUGGCGGCGGAUAUGGAUACCCUCUUUAGCAAGCUCGAUGCAUUGAGCAAUGCGCAUUACACGCCCAAGGCGCCCAAGGCGGCGAUCCAGACUGUGUCCAAUACACCGUCUAUGGCGAUCGAGUCAGCGCUGCCUACGACCAUGUCGGCCGGCUCGAUGCUGGCACCGGAGGAAGUAUAUGAGCGACCCAUACACAGCGCGGCGCUCGAGGGCGACAAGAGCGAAAUGUCGCAUGCCGAGAAGCAACGUCUGCACAACAAACUGCGCCAUGAAAAGCGCCGACGGAAUGACCGCAUCAAGCGCACGGAAGAAGCCAUUCAGCGCCAGCGUGGCGAUGGUCCGCGUAGCAAGAGCGAGACCAAGGCAGACAAGGACAAGGCGCUCAAGAGCCUGGUCGGCCACAAGGGCGUCACGGUCGUCGGCAAAGAAAAGCGUGAGAAGAAAAAGGCGCCUGCCUCGUGGAAACUGUAG